AUGGCAUCUCCCAGACCAUUUCCUCCUGGCAUACAUGUGCCAAGCCUGACAUGGUUCUCUAAUGACCAGAACCAAGAAAUUGACUGGGACGUCCAGACGAAACACCUAGAGUUUCUUGUCAACUCUGGUCUCCAUGGCAUCGUCCUUGCGGGCACCAACGGGGAGGCAGUGACUCUCACUCCCGCCGAGAAGACCAAACUCGUCAAGACGACACGAGAGAUCGCUAAGAAACUGGGCCGACCUGACCUCACAGUCACACUAGGCUGCGGUGGCCAGUGCACUCGUGAUGCGAUCGCUGAGACGCACCUCGCCAAGGAGGCGGGCGCGGACUUUGCCCUUGUCCUGGUCCCGAGCUACUUCCACUUCGCUAUGAACGAGGAGGCCAUCAUGACUUUCUUUGAAGAGCUGGCCGAGGCAAGCCCUAUACCCAUCGUCAUUUACAACUUCCCAGGUGUGGCUUCCGGGCUUGACGUGAACUCGGACAUGUUGGCCCGCCUCGGCCGCCACCCCAACAUCGUGGGCGUUAAGCUCACCUGUGGCGGCAUUGCCAAGGUGGCACGCGUGAGGAGUGUGUUCCGACCCGACCAGUUCUGUGCGCUCGCUGGCCAGAGCGACUGGCUGGUACCAGCCCUUGCCGUGGGAGGCAUAGGGACCAUCACAGGCGUGGCGAACCUGUAUCCAAAAUUUUGCAUCAAGAUCUACAACCUCUACCUGGCCGGCAAGACCAAGGAGGCCGGAGAAGCGCAGAUCGAGCUGGCCAAGAUGGAGUGGGGCUUUGGAAAGGGAGGCAUCAACGGGACCAAGUGGGUGGUGGCCAAGCUCAGAGGAUAUCCUAUGGCAAGCUGCCACUGCAGGAAACCAUACCCUCAAUAUGCGGACGAGAAGAAGCAGGCCUGGAUCCUGGAUGUCUGCUCGCCCCUGGCCGAGUUCGAGAAGACUGCAUAG